AUGUUAUCAACCAUAACCCAUCCAUCGCGGCGUGCGCAAAAGCAGGAGGAGGCCCUGGAACUACUGGGCGAGAUGCGGGAGGCAGGGCUUACCCCCGAUGCCGUUAGUUUCACCUCGGCGAUGGGCGCUUGUUUGAAAAGGGGACGGUGGACCGAAAGAGUAUUUCUGCUGGAGAAAAUGCGCGCGUUGGGAGUUGUCCCGGGCGUCAUCACCUACCAUGCCUUGAUGGUCGCGUGCGCAAAAUGCACCCAAGUUUGGUCGUGGUUACGUGACGUUGCGUAUGCGGAAACCAUUGCUCUUGAUGCCGCAAACACAAUGGGUACAUGCUACUCCCGAGGAGUUUCUCUUGAAAAGUAA